AUUGACGCUAUUUUUCCUUUUUUUCCAUCUUCGCUUUGGCUUCGCUUGUAAACUCUGUAACGAAAUCACGCGUGGCUGUGAAUCUCUCUGCGCAUCUUUGUUUCAAAACAUGUUGGAAAUAUUGCAGCAUCUAUAAGUAACCUUUUUCUUCCAUCUCCUUUCGAACACGCCAUUGCCUUGCCCCUCGCUAGAUCGGGAACGUCCCCCUGGCCCAGAAGAACACCGUAACCAAGUUUCAACGAGACCGAUGAACCCCCCAAUCGACCGCGACAUAUAACUCGACUCUCGCUUUCCGUCCUACUCGGUGGAUUGGAAAAUUCUCCCAGAUUCAUCACCAUGGAAAAAUUCCCUGAUCACAUCGAUGCGCCGACCUUCAACGGCGCAUCCAAUCUUGCGACAGGCUCGUAUUCAAACGGCGCCAUCCACGACCGCCACCCCUCGCCCAUGAGAACAGAAAACAGUGGCUAUGGAUAUCCUGGUGGCCAGCAGUGGGCGCCCUCAAGACAAAACGGCCACACACGCGGACACAGCAGGCAAAAGAGCUUGGGCGACGCUCUGCGCACGAUCCGCACCCGCAAUGGCAGCUUCAGCCAGAAUGCACAUGAGAUUGCGGAUGCCCUCAAAGCCCCUGUAUCUCCAAGACUAAUUAUCCUCUGCCUGUUGUGGUACACUUCGUCCGCCCUUACAAACACAUCAUCCAAGUCGAUCCUCAAUGCGUUUAAGAUGCCUGCAACACUCACACUUGUCCAGUUCGCUUUUGUAUCAACAUUUUGCAUACUCAUGGCCUGGCUAGCGACAGUAUUUCCAGUCCUUCGAACAAAGAUUAGCGCUCUGCAACAUCCUAUCCGUCCCCCCUCCCGCGACGUCCUCGCUUCGACGCUGCCUCUCGCGGCUUUCCAGAUUUUCGGCCAUCUUCUGAGCUCAUCUGCCACCUCCCGCAUCCCAGUAUCGCUGGUACACACCAUCAAGGGCCUGUCACCCUUGUUCACAGUCGUUGCCUAUCGGCUCCUGUACAACAUUCGCUACCCGCAGGCGACAUACAUAUCCUUGGUUCCCCUAACCUUUGGCGUCAUGCUGGCCUGCUCUGGCAAGUCUGGCUUUGGCGGCCAAAUGCUUGGUGUCCUUCAGGCGCUGCUAGCGACUUUUAUUUUCGUCACCCAAAACAUCUUCUCCAAAAAGCUGUUCAACGAAGCCGCAAAGGCAGAGCAAGAUGGGCCCCACCAGCAAUCUAAGAAGUUGGAUAAGCUGAACCUCUUGUGCUACUCGUCUGGACUUGCUUUCUUGCUAACACUGCCCAUUUGGUUCUUGGGUGAGGGUAUCACGUUGCUCAAGGACUUCCUUGACGAUGGGGCUGUCGAUUUAACAGAAAAGCCUGGUUCAAUGGACCACGGAAGACUUACCAUUGAGUUUAUCUUCAAUGGCAUCUUCCACUUUGCGCAGAACAUUCUGGCAUUCGUCCUGUUGUCCAUGGUGUCACCGGUGACAUACUCAGUGGCAAGUCUCCUGAAGCGUGUCUUCGUCAUUGUCAUGGCUAUCCUGUGGUUCCGCAGCCCGACUACACCUCUCCAGGGCGUUGGCAUUGCCCUCACAUUCCUCGGUCUUUACCUCUAUGACAGAAGUAACGAAAGCAAUAAGGCAGACCGCAAAGCUAGCUCCAUGGCGCAGUCCAAGGGACGUCCGCUACUGCCGCUCUCCGAGACUCCGGAGCUACGCGCGAGCGCAAGUUUCCAACCAAACCCGCACCCUUACAGCAUUGGGCACUUUGGCCCCAACGCAAUGGAUUCCAAGAAAACAGACAAUUACACGCCGAUCAAGGCAUAGAACACAUAGGCUGCUAAGCACCUAACGAUACAACCCCAGACUUAUACGAGAUAGAUGUUUGCGAUUCAAGUCAAUGUAUAAAAUAUAUAGAGCUCAGUAAUGUAUCAUAUUAUUUUUCAUCAUUUGCAGCUUACUCUACAAGCCAUUCUUCCACGUCUACACCAAUGCUUCUGCCAAUACUGCGAAUGGCAUCCCAUCCAACGUUUACUCUCCAUUUCCCAGAUCUAUCAGUAACAUCGCCUGCUCCAACUUUAAUCACCAACCGUAAACUCGUUAAUGUAAUCAGCGCCAUGCCAACAUCACCGUCGACGCCGGCACUCCCAAUGCUCUCCGCCCACUCCAGCCGAACAGAUUCGAAAAUCGCCAUCAUUCGCUCGAAAACAAACGCGUGUAAACCGAGCAGCUUUUUGGCUAUCUUGCGGUGCUUGGUAGCGGUGUUACGUCUCAUCACUGUACCACCUCCACGCCGGCGCUUCUUUCCAUGGUGAUAUGUUGAGAAGACUGUGAGAUCGAACUUUGCUGCGUUAUGGGAUGCCAGGUAUGCCGAUAAGAGGAGCAGGCGCGCGGUCGUCGGGAGAAGAUUGCUCAGGUCUGUGAAUGGAGCAGCCAUGCCAGUUGUAGGUUUGCUGGACCGCUCCUCCUUGAGUGUUGAAGGGGCGGAUAUAAUACUGGGGUUGAGGACUGUUUCGUCUUGAAAGUGUACACGCGCUGCAACGAGUAGUUUCGAAAACUCCUUGGGCUCAUAAGUUCCAUUGAUAAUAGGAGCCGUGAAUCGCGGCCACAGCGCAUUGCAACUAUCCAUGUACGAGUAUAGGGAUCGGGAGGCAGCUUUAAUAAGAGCGUCAUGGACAGCGCCACAGAAUCGGGUCCAGACUUCGUUCGUUUCUUUCUGUGUCGUGCCUUUGAUCGGUUCGGGAGGAGAGAGUGCCAGGAUUUCUACGUAUUCGGGUUUUGUAUAUGGGGGAAAGUGCAGAUCUAUUGAGGAUGCAGUUCGGAGGAAGCUUGCAGGUGGUGAUGUUACAAUGAAGACGCAGGUUAGGCAAGGAAUCUGAGAGAGGUUAGGGAAUAUCGUUAGGGUUAAAUAUUAGUAGCAUCUUACCAUUUCUGGUAAUCGCCCCAGGGCAGGAAUUACUGUCGCCGGUGCAUCUUUUAAUCGAUCAAUGCCGUCGAGAACGAGGACAAAUCGCGAGCUGGGUUGUCGUGGCUUAAGCAUUUGUGAUAUCGAGACGGCCAGUUGCGCCAUAGUCUCGCACUUUCUGCGAUCGGUUUCAUCGCCCGAUAUUUUAGAGGCGACUGAGUCUAGAAUUCUUUCAAAAAGAUGCCGUGUCGUGACACAUUGCGCCACAUCGACUUUAGCAAUGCUGAGCGAGGGGCUCUCCGAGCUUGUCUCUCGGUAGUGUUCUGAUACUCGCAGUAGCACAGCCUGUGUGAUUGCUGUUUUGCCUGUAGCUUCGGAUCCGUGGAUAACAAGAUUUCGACAGGGGAUACCAUUGG